AUGCCUACAGUGCAGGCUAAAAGGUUGUGGCUUGGUGCCGAUGGUUUUCUCCAAAACACUUUGAUACCUUUCUCAAUGGGGAGAACUGUGAAGCCUCUGAGGACCUUUCUUCCUGAUGGGAUAAUCGUUAACAUUUUCAGAAGACUUCCAGUAAAAUCUCUUAUCCGAUUGCAAUGUGUAUGCAAGCAUUGGAAAAAUCUUAUCAGGUCACCGUUUUUUACUCCAGUCUUCAAAACCCUUCACUUCUGCAGAUGGCCUCGACCUAUGUCCUCUGGUUUUCACUGGGUUUUGCUGGAUCGUGACAUGCGACGACGUGUAGUUCAGAAUUCACAGAUCUCUUUGAUCGAUACCUUGCCCCAGUUGAGCAUACAUGGGUCAAGCAAUGGCUUGCUCUGUCUUAAAAGCGCAUCUCAAAAUUCCAUUUUAUUGUGGAAUCCGGCAACCAGAGAAUCCAAACAGGUCCCCGCAGCUACCAAUCGUUUUGGAGGCCAUUGCUGUAUAGGAUUUGGGUUUAGUCCAAUUGUUAAUGAUUAUAAGAUCGGGGUGAUUUAUGAUCAUAACCUUGAGAGGGUUUGGAGAGUGUAUCAAGUUAAAGUGUAUUCAUUAUGCACAAGGUCUUGGAAGGAAAUAGAAGUUGGAAACAUGGAGGGUUUAUAUGUUAACGCUCAUAGUGUUAGUGAUAAUGGACAUGCCUUUUGGUUUGGGUUCAAGAAUGAAGAUGAUGAUUAUUGCUCAAUAGUUUCAUUUGACAUAGCAACUGAAGUAUUUACAUUGAUCCCAAUGCCUGCAUCAGAUGAUAGAAGUUUCAAGUACAUCACGGGAGAAAUGGAUUUGGGCUCACAAUACACUAGCAGCGCUUGUUCAGGCUUGUCAAUGUUAUAUCCUAUUACUAUUUGGGGCAAUAAAAUCAUAUGCCAACCUGAAUUUGAUGGUGAUUCUGAAGAUCAUGAAGGCGAGAAGGAUAAUGACCCACUUACUCCUCUUUACAUGUUCAAUAUUGGCAGUACUGAAUUUAGGAUAUUUGCUAUUCCUUCCUGUAACAAGGGCUAUGGCCUAACAAUUGACAAUUAUGUUGAAAGCCUUGUAUCAAUUGGCAAUAUUCAUGUUGAGAAUCCUUGA